UAAAUAAAUAUUUUUCCGAUGGUAAGAGAUCUUUGAUUUACAAAUCAAGUAAACUCUAUAAAUUUUACAUUAACAAUCCCCAGUUUACAAAGCAAUAAAAAUUAAAUCGAUCUUCUCUUCUACCACCACCAUGGCUACUAACGCCGUUAAGAAAACUCAAGGACGGAGAAAAAUUGCAAUCAAGCCAAUAGACAAUCAAAACAGUAGACAUGUUACUUUCUCUAAACGUCGUUUAGGACUAUUCAAAAAGGCCAGUGAACUUUGCAUCUUAAGCGGUGCGGAAAUUGUUAUACUUGUUCAGUCUUUAAAACGACAGCGUCUUUUCACCUUUGGUCAUCCCAGCCCCCAAGCCGUUAUCGACCGUUACCUCACCGGAAAAUCAUCGCCGUCAUCAUCAUCAUCCGCCGCCACCGCCGAUGAAUUCAACUUGCAACAGAACAACCAGUAUUAUUCUCAGAUUUGUAGAGAUCUGGAAGCGGAGAAGAAGAAGAAGGAGAAUGUUGAAGAAUCGAAGAUGAUGAACAAUAAUAAUGGGGGAUUUUGGUGGAAUGAACCAAUUGAUGAUAUGGGGAUUGAAGAACUUGAAGAAUUUAUGAGUGCAUUGGAAGAAUUGAAGAAGAAAGUAACAAUGAGAGCGGAUGAAUUGAGUUUGAUAAAUGGGUCUUCUUCUUCGAAUUCAACGAUGAAAAUAGCAAGAUUUGGGGUUGAGGAUCAAUAUUUGAAUGAAGCAAUUGAGUAUUGUUCUUCCAUUGUUCCUUUUGAUUUCAAUCAAUCAGGAGAUGGACAAUUCUGAAGCAAUUAUUACUAAUAAAAAGCAUAAGUUAGCUAACUACUAAUUAGAAUUUUUUUCUUUUCUUUCUGGCAUGUGGUAUAUGCAAAACAAAUAAAAAAUCAUUAAAAAUGUCCUUAAAUUAUUUUAGUU